GAAUAUGAAUUGCGUUUUUGUGAAAACUCCUCUUUAUCCAGAAGGUGACUGUGCGACAGAGCGUCUCUGCGGCGUCAGCGGGCGGCGUCGCACAGAUAUGACGUCACGGCGUGAUUGCGCCAGCCUGGGGACGUGUUGCUGUUACUGAUCAGACGUGAUGAGUCAGCGGUCCGAGCGGCGAGGGAUCCACGUGGACCAGUCCGAGCUGCUGUGUAAGAAAGGAUGCGGUUACUAUGGUAACGCGGCGUGGCAGGGGCUGUGCUCUAAGUGCUGGAGGGAGGAGUACCAGCGCGCACGACAGAAACAGAUCCAGGAGGACUGGGAACUUGCCGAGAAGUUACAGAGGGAGGAGGACGCAGCGUACGCCAGCAGUCAUGGCUCUCAGUCUCAGCCCUCUCUCACUGCCUUCUCCAAGUUUGAGGAGAAAAAGACCAACGAGAAAACGCGCAAAGUGACCACUGUGAAGAAGUUCUUCAGCCCGUCAUCACGCAGCACCACGAAGAAAGAGAAAGAGAGGGAUGAGGAGAGAGAGAAAGAGAGGGAGAGGGAGAGAGAGAGAGGAGAGAAGGUGCAGGGCAGGAGGGAGAGUCACGGAGAGACGCUGCUGCGAGAUCUGAAGGGUAUUUUUACUCACUCGUGGGAGAUCGGCUCUCCGACUGAAGAGAGCCACGAGGCGAAGUCCCACAGUCCGUCGUUUGUGCGUCAGUCGAGUGUGGAGACGGAUCAGGUGUCGAGGGAGUUUGUGGAUUUCCUGAAGAGUCUGAAACCGGGACGAGAAAUUCACAAACAGAGCCGAGCCUUCGUGGAGAGCAUGGGCAAUAAAAAGGACCUCGGUGCUGACGAGCUCUCCGAGUGUGUGCAGGAUUUCUACCAGAACAUGUCUGACCGUCUCCUCACUCACUUUAAAGGUUCCUCUGAGAAGGUGGAGCGAGUGAUGGACCAGGUGGAGAAGUACAUCAUGACCCGCCUCUAUAAGAGCGUGUUCUGUCCUGAGACCACUGACGAUGAGAAGAAAGAUCUGACUACGCAGCACAGGAUCCGGGCGUUACACUGGGUGACCAUCCAGAUGCUGUGUGUUCCUGUGGAUGAAGAAAUUCCAGAAGCAGCUGAUAGUGUAGUGAAGGCCAUUACAGAUAUAAUCGAGAUGGACUCUAAGCGUGUGCCGAGAGACAAGCUGGCCUGCAUCACCAGCUGCAGCAAACACAUCUUCAACGCCAUCAAGGUGACGAAGAAGGAGCCGGCGUCGGCCGACGAUUUCCUGCCCACGCUCAUUUACAUCGUGCUGAAGGCCAACCCUCCCCGCCUGCAGUCCAACAUCCAGUACAUCACACGCUUCUGCAACCCGAGCCGGCUGAUGAGCGGAGAGGACGGCUACUACUUCACCAACCUGUGCUGUGCGGUGGCGUUUAUCGAGAAGCUGGACGCUCACUCCCUCAACCUGAGCGUGGAGGAUUUUGAGCGUCACAUGUGCGGCGGCGGCGGUGACGUUUCCCCGCGCAGGAGAUCCGAGUCGUUGUCCCCGUGGCCACUCGAGCUGCUCUCGGCUCUGCAGGAGCGUCAGCGGCAGGUUCUGGAGGAGGCGCGGGAUCUGCAGGCCGAGCUCCAGCGCUGGCAGGAGGGCGUGGCCCGCGAGGUGCAGGACAUCCUCGACAAAUACCCACUGGAGAUCAAGAGGCACGCGGCGCACGCCAUCGACUCCGAGAAUGACGAGAACGACAGGCUGCCUCCGCCCCUGCAGCCUCAAGUGUUCGCCGGAUAGAAACCCUGAGGAGAUUGAAAGAGUCAGAGUGAGUCUGUGUGAGUCAGAGUGAGUCUGAUUCUUUCAGUUUCAUCAGGGUGAGUCAUUGUUAGUCAGUGUGAGUCAGUGUGAGUCAGUGUGAGUCAGAGUGAGUCAGAGUGAGUCAGAGUGAGUCAGAGUGAGUCAGUGUGAGUGAGUCAGCGUGAGUCUGAGUGAGUUAGUGCAAGACAAAAUGAGUCAGUGUGAGUCAGAGUGAGUCAGAAUGAAUCAUUGAGAGACAAAGUGUGUCAGAGUGAGUCACUGUUAGCGUGAGUCAGAGUGUGUGAGUUAGUGUGAGACAAAGUGAGUCAGUGUGAGUCAGAGUGACUCAGUAGAGUCAGAGUGUGUCUGUGUGAGUCAGACUCAGUGUGACUCAGUGUGACUUGGUGUGAGGCAGAGUGAGUCAGAGUGAGUCUGUGUGAGUCAGAGUGAGUCAGAGUGUGUGAGUUAGUGUGAGACAAAGUGAGUCUGUGUGAGUCAGUGUGAGUCAGAGUGAGUCUGUGUGACUUGGUGUGAGUCAGAGUGAGUCAGUGUGAGUCAGUGUGAGUCAGAGUGAGUCUGUGUGACUUGGUGUGAGUCAGAGUGAGUCAGUGUGAGUCAGUGUGAGUCAGUGUGAGUCAGUGUGAGUCAGUGUGAGUCAGUGUGAGGCAGUGUGAGUCAGUGUGAGUCCAGUCGCUAUGGGAAUAUCACUACUGCGUAUUUAAACUGAAGUAAUAACGGAGAAUCUUCGCUUACAGUUGCGGGUUUUUCGGAAAUCGUGAUUCGCUGCUGAGUUUUAAACCAGAAUCUUCACUGAGUUUUGUGUUUUAACAGAAACGAUGCUACGACUCGAGUCCCGAACAGAAGGACUCGCUGUUUAUUGAAGUUUCCUCUCUUUCACUCUACAGCCCCCAAUUUCUGUUUUUUUAGGAUGUAUGAUGCUGACCAAGUUCUGAUCUGUACUUCUGUGUGUGUAAGAAUCUGUGACCAUGUCCACACACACACACACACACACACACACACACACACACACACACACACACACA